ACUUAGAGCCCAUAGUGAGUCAUGAAUCACGUGAGGUGCACGUGAGUUGGGGUUUUAGUUUUAGUCAGUCAGGCUCUCUCUCUUCUUUUUCUUCCUUCUUCUUCAAACUCUCCUAGAAAUGCUAAAACCCUCAGCUCAGUGAAACCUCCCCGUUUCCUGCCAUUACCAAAUCACACAUGAAACCUCUCCUCUUUCUACUCGUUUCGUGAGCUAAUCAUGCAAUUCGGAUCUUUCAGACCCCUCUUCCUCCGCCUCGCAUCUUCCUCUUCCACCUCCGUCGUCGAGCUACCGCCAUUACCGCGUCGCGCGAUCUCUGUGCUGGUCGCGAAUUUCUCGUCUUUUAGCUCCGGCGCCGGUCAAUUUAUUUCUUCAAGGCGACCUCAGUACGACGAGGAGUCACGGAGUAUUAGGGUUCCGGUGUGGUGGGACUUCGAGAACUGCCAUUUGCCGGCGGGUGCGAAUGUCUUCAAAUUGGCUCAAACCAUCACAUCCGCCCUAAGAAACAGCGGAAUCAAAGGACCCAUUACCAUCACUGCCUUCGGAGACGUAAUCCAGCUCUCUAGAACUAACCAAGAAGCUCUCGCCGCUACUGGGAUCACUCUCACUCAUGUUCCUCAAGGUGGGAAGAACAGUACGGAUAGAUCUUUGAUUAUAGAUCUUAUGUGUUGGGUCAGUCAGAAUCCACCACCUGCUCAUCUCUUCCUAAUCUCUAGCGACAGUGAUUUUGCGAGUGUGCUACACAGAUUGAGGAUGAGCAAUUACAACAUUUUGCUCGCGGGCUACGAAGAAGCUACGCCUGGGGUAUUGUGCAGUGCUGCUUCGAUUAUGUGGGACUGGGAUGCUUUGGUUAGAGGAACUAAUACAACAGGUAAACACUUUAACCAGCCGCCUGAUGGUCCUUAUAAUUCCUGGUAUGGUCACUAUAGAACUCCUCUUCUUGACCCAUUUGCCACAUCUUCCACCACUACCAACAAGCAAACAUCCUUUACUAGUGUGAAAACUGUAGAGUUGCUUGAAUCGAAUUCAAAUGUGAAUUCGGGUUCUUGUAUGGCAUGUCGUCCUAUCCCCAAAGAAGUUGUUAAGCAGAUUGGUUUGAUAUUGAGUUGGUAUCCCAAGGGAGCACCUAUUACAGAACUCCGUGAGCAGCUGAGAAAGAGGAAAGUAUCUCUUGAUAGAGACUUUUACGGAUACAAGAGUUUUUCGAGGUUUCUGUUGUCUAUGCCAAAGACCUUACAGGUUGUUCCAGAGAGAGAUGGUAUGUUCAUUAUUCAUGCUGUUAACCAAGAUAUGGAUAUCAAAUCCUCAUCGCCGAAAUUAAGGAGCAAGUAUCCCAAAAAUUUUAGUGUGGUAAAGAUGUGUGAGAAGAUGAAACAGAAUGAUGAAGACGUGAAAGUGGUAUCUCAAUCACAAGAGAGUUCUCAAGGUUCUGUUUCCGUAAUUAGGCAGGUAGAUGUUAAGGCAAAAGACGAAUCCAUGAAAGAAAACCAGCUAGCUAUAAUUGCUGUUGAUGAUGUUUCUUCUUCUGAGGAAACAGGUGGAUUUCGUAAGAUGCUAAAUAGACUCUGGUUUGGUUCACCGGAAAUGGAGUUAGAGCAUCUCCAAGAAAAGAAACAUAUUUCUGGAAAUGGAUACGAAGGGAAAGGAGUCGUUGGUGAAGGAAAAGAAGUGAAUAAGGACUUAGAAUCUCGAAUUGCAUCUUCUACCUCUUGUGAAUCUGCUGAGGAGGUAAAGGCAGACACUGGAGUAGGCAUCGAGAAAUCGAAGAGUCUGGGGUUUGUAAUUCAACUUCUGAAGAGAGUCAAGUUUUUUUGGGGAAGAAAGUCAGACUUUGGCAAAGCAGCAGCAAUUAGACCUCAAGUAAAUGACAUUUUUGCAGAAGAUUCUUUUUGGAAAGAUGUUGAAUCAUUCAUUAAUUCUCCAAGAGGGUUCGUCGUUGUUUCUCACUCAAGCUCAAGAGAAGCGAUGGCUAAGAAUCUGAAGGACGAAGGACCUUCAUCUCUCAAACCUCUGGAUGUAUCCACAAUGCUUAAUUUAGUAACUCUGCUAAUAUCAGAGAAGGAAUGGAUAAAAGAGAAUCCUUCUGAUACUCUACCUUUUAGAGUUACUAGGUUCACCGAGAAGAGGUUUUGUUUUAGCGAUACACCUGCUACGAAUGGAUUGAGGUCGGUAUUUGUGAAUAUGUCAAAAUCCCUGUGUCACGAAGAAAAUAGUGAGAAAGAUCCCAAGAACGUUGGUAUGAGCCAGAAACCUAAAGAAAGAUCGAGAAGCGAGGUGAUUGCGGAUUGUCAUAAGCUGGUAAAGAAGAUAACAGAGGAGAACCCUGGAGGUUAUAACAUGAGUAACUUAAAGAAAUACUUUUUGGACAGUUUUGGAUACCGUUUAGAAUAUCAUAACCUCGGUUAUUCGAAGCUGCAGUAUUUGAUACAAAUGAUGCCUGAGGCUAGGAUUGAAUCAGGAUACAUUCUUCCUUCGUCAACCCCAGUUCCAUAUGAAUCUGAUGCAUCAUUGGAAGAUCUUGGUCCUGUUUCCGAAAAGACUCGAGAGGAUGGGACAUCUGUUUUAGAGGAAGAAGAAUAUGACUCAGAGACGGAUGAAGAAGCUUCUUUAAGAGAGAGCAGCGACAGAAGGAAGACAAAGAAAGAAGAUAAAACAGGUAGCGAAUUACUCCAAAUUAUGGAUUCUUGGGACACUGACAAGAAGCAGAAGAAACCGACAAAGACUUCGGGUGAGGAUAAGCUCGUUGAAGGAAUAUUGAUUAGCUUAAGGAAGAAACCAUCAAGUGAGUCUACGCUAUAAACUUGAAGAUGUUUAUUUUUAACGGGGAACCAGAUAACUUUUAUUUGGUAUUAGUGGAUACAAAGCCUUCAAAUGAGUGUGCCAUUGAAAAGAAAAGAAACGUGUGGCGCUUCAUACGCUAAUUAUUAAUUAGUUGGUAUUAUACCGAAAGA